GUAAAAAAAGAUAUAGGAGUAAAUGCCAAAAGAGUUGUUUUUGCUAAAAAAAGUACUACUAUACUCUAAGAAGAGUAUAGGAAAUGCCGGUGAUAGGUUUUUGAGGUCAAGGAAGAGGAGAAGAAGAAUAGUGAAUAUGGAGAAGGAUGGAGUUAAGAAGAGAGACAAGGUAAUAUUAAUAUUGGGCAUGAAAAGGUCUCAUUCUGCAAAGCAUCUCAACUUGAUCAAGAUUUUGGUGGACUCAAUGAAUGCAUUCGAGGAAAAACAAAAUGUACCUGAGAGUGCCCUUCCAUCGAGGUUCAGAUUUGAGGACGAGGUGGUGCUCCCCCCACACAAAUCAGAACAUGACAAGUUCAUAGAUGAACUCUUUCAUGAUCUAGAGUUAGGAUUGCGACAAAUCGAUUGCACUGAUCUACAUGAGGCUGAGAGUGAUGAUCUUAAGACCACUGUGGAGAUUGAUGGAAGUUGUUGCUACCGAGGGAAGCAUCAAGCUGUUCUUGAUGAACAGAUAGGGCUCAUUUGCAAAAUCUGUGAUAUUGUGAUCAUGGACAUAAUGCAUGUCUUACCACCUUUUCAUGUACCAAUUUUGGAGUGGCGAGACAAGAGGUAUUACCGUGAUGAGUUUCAAGGCUCCAACUUUAGCGACAUUCAGUUUGAGGGCACUGAUUCCAGUACACCCAGUUCAACAAGUUGCAUGAAAGGAACAGUAUGGGAUUUAGUCCCUGGUGUUAAGGAAGAUCUGUACCCUCAUCAGUGGGAGGGUUUCGAGUUCAUGUGGAGAAACAUAGCAGGAGACACCAAACUUGAGAAACUGAAGCAGACUCUUGCUGAUGAUGCGAGAUGGUGCAUAAUCUCACAUGCCCCAGGCACUGGAAAGACUCGUCUCACCAUAGUGUUCCUGCAGUCAUUCCUGAAACUGUAUCUAGCCUGCAGCCCCUUGAUCAUAGUUCCUAAAGGGAUGCUUCUGACAUGGGAAGCUGAGUUCAAGAAAUGGAACUUCAACGUAUCAUUCCACAAUCUAAUUAAGAAAGAGCUAUCCGGAAAAGAACAUGCAGUUGCUACUGAGGUUCUUGAGGAAAUUGAGAGUGGAGUCUUGAGUCAAGACUGCUGUCACGACCACAUCUCCCUAGUCAAAGAAAGUGCAGCUAUUUCGCGACUAAAAAUAAUAAACUGUCUCAACACAUCAUAAGUUACUUAAUUUAAGGAAAUAUUGUCUAGAUGUCAUCAGGAUAACAAAAUAUUAAAAUCAGAGUGAAAUAUGGGACAAUAUCUUGACUAAAACUAGUCUAAGUCUAUG